AUGCCAUCUCACUUUCGGCCAGCAUCAACCUGCAGGCUAACUCUGAAUGGAGUUAUCUGGUUGCUGUUGACCCUCUGUACAGAACUGGCUAUUGGGACAGCGUCGCAGCCCCACCAGAUCCCCAUUUUACAAGAUAUCUCUCAAGGAGAGGGCCACGAAUUAGGUUAUGGAGAACAUGAAUUUACUCUCCGUCAUAUCUAUCACCGUGGUACAUAUGAAGAUCCAGAUCUUCAUCUAAGGCUCGAUGUAACGCUAGAGACUCGUUUACGGGCCUUUUCCGAUGACACAGACGUUCCGGGGCCUGUAGAAGCACAGCAGGGGACUUUCAUCGCAAGAUCUAGCUCUUUGAAUAUACAUCGGCUAGCGGACCGCCGCCCAGCAGCGAUCGAAAACCAUCGUGCCAAUGCCAGGUCUUCCGAGGGCACUUUCACUGUACCUAACAACGCUUGGGUUACGGACGAAAUCUCUGGACCUGAUGUUACUAACAAAAAUACCAUCAUCAAUUUUGCAAAGAUGACCGCGAAUGACUACAUUGCGGAGCCAGGUACCGGCGACUGGAACCAAAUCACCGGACGCUUCAACUGGUCGGCAAGUUUCGGAUGGCUUGCGGAUGGACUAAGAGGCCAUAUCUAUGCAGACAAAACAAACAGCACCAUUAUCAUCUCACUCAAAGGCACUUCUGCUGCCCUGUUUGAUGGAGCGGAAACCACGACAAAUGACAAAUUGAAUGAUAAUCUAUACUUCAGCUGCUGUUGUGGUCAAGGCGGCUCCUAUCUUUGGCGGCAAGUUUGCGAUUGUUCCACAUCUGUUUAUACCGCCAACGAGACUUGUAUAAUAGAAGAGCUGCAUAAUAAGGAUAGGUAUUAUGAGUCUGCUAUCGAUUUAUAUACCAACGUCACCAAAGUCUAUCCCAACGCGAAUGUCUGGCUUACGGGUCAUUCGCUUGGUGGUGCAAUGAGUGCGUUGUUAGGUCUUACAUUCGGCCUUCCAACAGUUGCCUUUCAAGCUAUACCUGAUGCAUUGCCAGCGGCAAGACUCGGGUUGCCUACGCCUCCUGGAUACAAUGGCCUUUUACCUCAGUCUCGAAAAAAUACUGGCAUUUUUCAUAUUGGCCAUACCGCAGAUCCCAUCUACAUGGGAGCGUGCAAUGGUGUUGGAUCUACUUGUACUUGGGCCGGAUACGCAUUCGAGUCUGCGUGCCAUGUUGGCGAAAUUCACCUCGACCUCAGCACGAACUUCAACAUGCGAAACACCAGGUUGGUGGGGAUGCUUGGACAAAACGACCACCACGAUAGACGUUACUACAACGACUACCACCACAACUUCAACAUCGUGGGCUACACAAACGCCGACGCCGUAUCCUUCGACAACUACGUGCUUGGAUCCGGGGUGGUUCGGUUGUCGUGA